AUUACUUAGCUCCCCUUUUCUCUCAACCUGUUUGAGUGGUAGCGUUAAGUAGUUGUCAGGAAAGCGGAACUAGCGAGCUAGCAGCACAGUAGCUAGGUUAACGAGUUGCCCCCGGAUCCUUCCCUGUUUACGAUACUUGAGCAAAACAGCAACUUCUCUGACAAUGCCGCAGAAUAUCGAGCUCGGUGCCACUGGGGGAGCCUCCAAACAGGACAGCAACAACAUGGAAGACAUGACUGUGGAACAGAUGACCCUGAGGGCCAACCAAGUGACUGACGAGUCAUUGGAAAGCACACGGAGGAUGCUGCAGAUGGCAGAGGAGAGCAAACAGACCGGCAUCAAAACUAUGGUGAUGUUGGACGAGCAAGGAGAGCAGCUGAAGCGUGUGGACGAGGGCAUGGACCAGAUCAACCAGGACAUGAGACAGGCUGAGAAAAACCUGACUGACCUCUCAAAGUGCUGCGGCCUCUGUGUUUGCCCCUGUGACAGGGUGUCGUCAAUCGAGCACGACUCACGAUACAAGCGUACCUGGGGUAUUGGAGGAGGUGAAGGCGAAAUUGAUUCCAAUGGCUCAAAAGUAGUCUCAAGGCAGCCCUCGGGUGUUCGCAACGGCCAGGCUGCCCAGGUGAACGCCUCGGGACCAUCAGGCCCGUACAUCAAGAGGAUAACCAAUGAUGCACGCGAGGAUGAGAUGGAGGAGAAUCUGGAUGCAGUGGGCAGCAUCAUUGGCAACCUGAAAACUAUGGCUAUGGAUAUGGGCAGCGAGAUAGACAAGCAGAACAAACAGAUUGACAACAUCACUUCUAAGGCCGACAUGAACAAAGUUCGUAUUGAUGAAGCGAACCAGAGAGCCAACAAGCUCAUCAAAUAGACAAGGAUCCCUGCUUCUUCCAAUUUAAUCCAUCAACCUUGAGCCUCUGUCGCCACUGCAUACUUGCACACAUGCACAAAUACACACUCUGAAAAAAAAAUAAAUUCAGUCUGGAAGAAUAUUUUUGCCAGCAGUGUGCUAGCCUUUACUACAUUAAGAUGUAAGUACAAUACACAAACAUUUAUACAUUUUAUAAAUUAACCGCCACCAAUAUACACAUGUAUUCAAAGUCAUGCUGGACUUCGAAGUGCAGCAUGGGCAUCAGAAACUGCACCAAAGAGGUGACUGACUGCCUAUCCCUGCUGUUCAAUACCAAAUGUGCACCAGACCUGUUGUAUCAUAUCUCAAUAUUCACCGGAAGGGGGAAGUAGCACACAUCAGCUGCUUUUCUGUCUUAUUUUUUCUGUUUUGCUUUUCUCUUGAAGUCAAGAACUAUGAACUGUCUCUUUGUCUGUGUGCGUCUCUGGUUUGUAUGGAUGAGGUCACAGAUCCAAACUCAUCAGCUGUCUUUUAGUGAUAAACAGCACCGCGUAUAUUUAUGUAUCACCCCCUGUUGGUCCUGUCUUGAUACAGCUACAUCUAGUUUAAUCAAAACAUUGACUUUGGUCUGAAACAAAUGUAUCUACUCAAAUUCAUAUUGGUUCAGUGUGUAAUUAAAGUUAUUGUAUCGUGUAUUAUUUUGAGAUGCUAUGCUUAUUUAAUGACUCUUUUAUCAAGCAGGAGUGACUUGUGAAUAAAGUUGUGUUUUUGAAAACUUUGUUCUCAUGGCAUUUAUGCCAUUUCAGUUGUAAAAGCUAUUUCAAAAAAUAUAAAAUGUUGUGCUUUGGAGUGAGUCAUGGCAAAUCCUUUCAUGCUGGAAUUCAAAGCACCUAACCCUGAAUAUUAGCAAUUAUUUUUUUAUUAUUUUCUGACUGAUGAGAAGUCAAGGUAGUUGCAACUAUUUGCAGGAAAAUUGUGAGGCGCUGAACUGUUGUGAGAAAUUUAAUAUAUAGCCAUCAUUUGUCCUUCAAAUGUAAAGGAGGGUCAGUAAGCAUCAUGAGGAAUGUUCAUCAUUACCUCCUACAAGGCAUCUAGUUUAUUUUAUAAUAACACUGAAUAUGGAAAACAUGGGUGGUUGAAUAACAGUAGAUUUGUCAUCACUGGAUCAACUGCUGUACUUUAUAGUGUCUCUUGAGGUUUUUCACUCUGACCAUGUUGAUGUAAAUACUGAAACAUACUGUAGCUGUGUAAUUGCCUAUAGUAAGUCUGUUAAUCUAAUUCCAUUCUGCUUUCUUCGUUACCUCCUGGUUAAUUGAGAUUUAUAGCACCCAAGAGGAGAUUUAACAGCCUAUGCAGGGUUCCUACACAGUCUGGUAAUGUGAAAAAAAGUUUGAUUUGUACAUUGUCUGUAAGAGUGUAAAAACAAAUGUUCAGUUCUGACACACACUGCUGUACAUUUGUUGGAUCCACUAUCAUUUCUCAUAUUAGCUCUUUAGGUCAUUGUAAUUAUGGCAUAUGCCGCAGUUUUGUCAUAAUGAAAAUAUCCCUAGAAUCAUACUUAAAAGUCUGCAAAAUAUUGGAAUUUAGAAAUGGGAACCCUGUCAAUGCCUUUUUAUAGAUGGUCGAUGGUUGUGUUGUAACAGCCAUUGUAUCACAAACUGCUCCUCUUGCAUCUGUUCUGUAAAUAGCAAGUUUUCACAGCAGAGCUACAGUAAAAUGAUAAUAUCUGAUGAUGGAAAGCAUAAUUUGUUUUGUUGAAGCCGUAGCCAGGCUGAGAAAUUACUGCUGGCAGCAAGAUGCAAAAGUAUACAUGUAAAUGAAUUAUGUUUAAGGGGUAAUGUAGAUGUGGAAUAAGUCUUGGCGGGCUCUGUUAAGGCCUCGCUGUGGAAAAUUGGCUAAUGAUAAAUUAAUACGGUAUACUGAAAGUAUAUCUCGUAUGCAUCUUCUGGCUUAUUUGUUUUGAAGAUAAAUGAUCAUUUGUAUGCUCUGCUGCAGGCAGAUGCCUAUUGAGUUUGUAAAGAUUGAAAUGAACUGGCAAUACCAAGCCCUGAAUAAGUGAUCAUUCUCAGCCAGUUACUUGUCAGCUGAGAUCUAAUUAGUCCAGCCUAAGUCUGCCCCGCUGUCUUGAGGCUGUUUAUUCAUUGUUUUACCAACAACCACUGGAAUGUAAAUCCAACCGUUUUGUCUAUUUUGAAUAUGUUCAUAUGCAGCCGUCUUACCUGAAAUUAGCUGGUUAACAGAUGCCUUUAUUUCACACCUGCCUCUGUUAAAUUGUUUGUACUCAAUAAAUCUAUUUUGAAAUUCA